GAAGGGCUUCACUGAGGACAUAAGACAGAGCUUGGGUGAGCCUUCGGUCAACCGAGAGCUCAGACUCAACUGAUCCGCCAUACCUUGUGUCCAGUUAUUAUCUCUCUCGCCAAGACCUUCAGCAGGGACCGACUACUUCUGAACAUCAAGAGCGAUCACACGCAAGAUUGUGUGAAAAUCUAGAGCAUUUGUGUACAAAAUGGCAAAAGUUAACUUGAGCGUGGUGGCUCUAGGGGUCACGCUGCUCCUAUUAGCAGAGACAUGGGCCCAGAAUCCCAGGAAGAGACUGGCGCCUUCGAAGGCUCAGUGCUGCGACGAUGUGCGCUCUCUCAAGGUCCAGGUUGCCACUCUGACCAGUCUCCUCGAGGAGCUGGGUCGCAAGCAGGAGACAGACUUAAUGAGCGUUGUGAGGCAAGUAAUGGAGCUGGACAAGCAGAACCGGCAGCAGGAGGCACGGGUUACAGAGGCAGAGAGCAAGUACUCCGAGAUCAACAACCGUGUGGAGAUCAUGCAGCUGCAAACCCUGCAGUCUGCAACCCAGACCUCAUCAGAUGCCAUAUAUGACUGUUCAUCACUCUACAGCAAGAGCUACAAGAUCUCUGGCGAGUACAAGCUGCCUAAAGAUGAGUUUCUGGGGACACCUGAGCUGAGCGUCUUCUGCGAUAUGGAGACAAACGGAGGCGGUUGGACUCUGAUCCAAAGGCGAAAAGUCGGCCUCACAUCAUUCAACCGUGACUGGAAGCAGUACAAAAAUGGAUUUGGAUCCAUCCGUGGAGACUUCUGGCUCGGCAAUGACCACAUCUUCCGUAUAACAAGGCAGCCCAGUGUGCUCAGGAUUGAGAUGGAGGACUGGGAAGGAAAGUCACGCUACGCUGAGUAUGGUUAUUUCACUGUGAGUAAUGAGCUCAACAGCUACAAGCUCUUCCUCGCCAACUACAGUGGGAACGCUGGAGACUCCCUGCGCUACCACAACAACACCAACUUCAGCACCAUCCACAAGGACAACGACAAAUGUGUGGACGACUGUGCUUCCCUGCGCAAAGGGGGUUACUGGUACAACUGCUGCACCGACUCAAACCUGAACGGCAUUUUUUACCGCUACGGCGAGCACACAAGGAACACAGAUGGGAUCACUUGGUACGGCUGGCAUGGGCCCAACUACUCCCUCAAGAGAGUGGAGAUGAAGGUCCGGCCAGUGGGUUUUCAACCAUAAGGGCUUCGACUGCGUUUCCCGGAUCGUGAUCAUGACCAUGAAUGCUGAGAGAUUUCACUAAUACCUGUCCAAUGAAAUUGUAGCCUUCCAUUGACUGCGAAAGGAAUGAAAAUGUUGUUUGCGGUGGUCGAAUUAAGUCUCAGUCAGAUGAAUGUGUAAUGUUUCUGCCGUGUUUGAUUGUAAAUUGUACUUCGUCUUGUGUAUUUAUCAGUAAAAUAUUUUAUUUUUAAAAGCUUUGAUAGAUGCUCUUUACCACUGUCCCAUAUGGGUAACAAGGUUUUGAUUCAUUCUCUCAUUUGUCUUGAAAGCACUAAGAUGUAUUUUUUUCUAGUUAACACAAGCUGUUUAUGGGUAGCACUAGGUUCAGGUUUAGAUCAUAAGAACUUGUAGGAAUUAACUAAACUAAAGUAAAGGAGUAGCUGGAAUGGGACCAACAAGCAAAGGUUUUUCCUUUGAAUUACACUGCAUUGUAUUGUGUACCCCUAACUAUUGAUGAUGGAAAUGUUUAGUUUGUAAAAUGUGUACAGCUAUGUAAUUAUGUUGUUUUAUGUGACAGAAAAUAAACAUAUUUUUUAAAAGAAA